AUGUACUUUUUUCUUUGAAUAUUACGCUCAAAAACGCCUUACCUCUCCACCUUUUCUCAACAGGACAUGACGACAACAAUUGGGUUGUUCACACUUCCCUCAACUCAUAUCAAUUUCGAAUAAGUCAACACAUCAGCGAUGUCCUCGUCACGCAACAAAUUCUUUAGUGGCGGUAAACUUUCGAAUAAAUCAUCCCGUUCGUCAGGACUACGCAUACUUUGGAUACCGGGUAGGCACAAAAGCCAUCCGAAAGGUCGUUUCGAUGCGACCAACAAACAAGUGGUCCAGGCAAAUGCGCAAAAGAAAAACGAAGUGUGGUCCUUAGGUGGGAGUAAAAAUCAACGAGACCUAUUAGAUUCCGAUCCUGAUAGCAAUAUUUUCGAGGGGCCUUCAGUUUCUGGCAUAACAUCAGCCGCAUGCGCCCUCGGUACUGUGGGUGCCGAGAAAUGUGCUACGGCAACAGCUACGCCUACAAUAUCUAUCUCAUUAGCCGAAGAAGAUGGCAAAAACACUGAUGCCAACUCCCUCAACGUGGCAGCCACAUCCAGCAAUUCUUCCCCGGCACCAAGCACAGACUCCACAACGCCUCUAGUAUCGACGCCAAAUAGUCCAGAUACAGGUGCCACAUCUAAAAUAAUUAUUGCAACGACUACAAAAACGGCGGAUAGUAUGCACACCAGCGACAUUAGUAUGCCAAUCAAAACCACAUUAACAACUGUGACCACAACAACAACGGCGGAAAUUAUGGAUGAAAAUCGUUUUUCCAUUCUCGGUAAAGACAUCUCAAAUAACAUCGACGUGUAUGACUUGCCAACACCGCCCAAAAAUGGACUAAAUACUCCACCACCUGAGGGUGCGACCAGUGAGCUCUUAAAUGCAUCGUCUGGUACGACAGCUUCAACAACGACAACACCGUCACCCACUCACCCAUCUAAACAACACUAUGGAAGGGAAUCAAGUUGUUCUCCAACUAAAAAGAAGAAUCAUAAAAAUGAAAAUAAUAAUCAUCAGAAUGAUAUUAAUUCCAUCGAAAGUAUAUCCGACAAUACGAAAAUACCCAGUAACGAUCUGGAAUGGAUAGAUGAGUUACUAUUAGAGCGAAAUGGCAAAGAAAUGUUGAAUAAAAAGAAAAAGAAGAAGAAGAAAAUCUCAACAACGAAAGAAUUAGACCAACUAGAUGGUGUAUCCAGCAAGCACAAUAAUAAAGACGAUCUGGACGUUGAGGAUGAGAAGGUGGUAAAGUGUCUAUAUUACACAUUAAUGUGCUGCGAAUGUACAAUAUCUUAGUUAAUAAUAUGCAGAAAUGCAUUAUUGCCGCCACGGGAGAUCAGGAGUGAAAAAUAUGGGAUAACAUACAAAUGUAUGCAUUUAUAUGAAAAAUAGUUGGCUUUUAUACACUUUUAAAAUCAAAAUAUUUUAAGGAACGAGUCUGUCCACUUUGAGAUACAUACAUUAUAGAUGAUACUAAUAGAAUACUAAGAUUAACUUGUACUGCUGAAUUACUUAAGGGAAUUUGCCAAUUGUUAACAAAAUAUUCCUGCGAUUAGAUAGUGUAACUAUAAAAUACAUAUGCAUGUAUGUACGUAUUUAAGUGAUCUAUGUAUGUAUAUGAAUAUACAUACAUUCUUAACCUUAAAUGUAUUAAAUACAAAAGAAAUAAUAAAGAAGCUAAAUCUGUGCAUAUGUAUGUACAUACAUACAUACAUAUUUAAACGUGUAUGAGGUGUUACAAUAAUAUGCAGCAAAUAUUUUUCUUCUACAAAAUAUUGUUUUAAAAAAUGCAACAAGAAAGUAUAUCAGAAAUGAAUAAAAUGCUGGAUCGUAAAACGUUUAUUUUAUGAGUAAAAAACAUCAAAACGCGCUUUCCUGCGAAAACUGCUUGUUUUUGCUAUUCUUGAUCGUCAAUAAAUUUUAUAGUAUGUUAUAUGUUUGUAUCGCUACUUUAAUACAUACAUAUAUGUAUGUAGAAAAGCCUCAACUAACAUUUUUGUUUGUUUAGUAAGUGAUUAAAAAUUAAGUAAAUUAAAACUUAAAAUUAAAAAUUCAAGUUCUUUAGUUGUCAAUUUAUCUUCAAUAUUUCUGCUAUAUCAGUUAUUUUUUUUUUUUUUCUGAGUGAGUAAUCGAUCGACUUUCGUACAAAACUGGAUGCUGAAUGAAAGUCAGUUAGGGGGGGUUUCUAUAUUAAGGUAGCGAUAUAUGUAUGCACACAUAUGGCCCCAUUGGCCAUAAAAAUAUGUACUAUGUAUAUAAAAACUAAAAAUAAGUUUUUUACUAUUCGUAUCGUGCUAGUAACAGCCUAUUUGACUAUUUGCAUAUUUUUUAAAGGCGUUACAGUAUAUCGGCGAAGCUAUGAAUUUUUAUAUGCGUACAAAUAUUUAUGUAUGUAAUGAGUAUGAACGCAAAGUAUUAAAAACUAUUUUAAAGCUAAAUAAAAGGAAGCAAAACUGUGUGUGUUUUUAAACAGGAAUUCUAAAAUGGCGCCCAUUUUCCUUAUGGUUUGAAAUAUUUAUUCCUUGCUUUUUCUUUGUUUACCAUUUAUUUACUAUAUAAACCAUACACUUUAAUGGGUUAUAUCAAGGCAUAUUAAACAAGGUAGAAGUGAUUUUGACAUUUCUCUUUUUUGAACACCGACUAUAAUGUCAAAUGAUGA